AUGAGCCCCUGUUUCUUCGGACAUAGUUUCAGUUUGUACUGUGCUGUCCAGGGCAGCAGCAGCAAGCAGCAGCAGCAGCAGCAGCAGCAGCAGCAGCAGCAAACAGAACUGGAUAUGGGGCCAGGACGAGAUGGGCUGGCCAGCUACAGUCAUUCCCAGGUUUCUGUUCAGUCUGUGGCAACUGCAGGACCAGAACACAGCAAGCCCCUUGAGAAGUCAGAGGGACUCUUUGCCCAGGACAGAGAUCCAAGGUUUUCCGAAAUCUAUCCCAGCAUCAGCACAGAUGAGAGUAAAGGCAUCUCCUCCAGCACUGUCCCUGCCACCCACCAGCUGUUCUCCCAGGGCAGCUCAUUCCCUCCCAACCCCCGGCCGGCAGAAAACUUCAGGAAUAGUGGUCUGACCCCUCCUGUAACCAUUGUCCAGCCAUCAUCUUCUGCAGGGCAGAUGUUGGCCCAGAUUUCUCGUCACUCCAACUCUAGCCAGGGAGCAGCCCCGACUUGGACCGCGAGCACCCGUCCAGGCUUCUCCGCCCAGCAAGUGUCCACCCAGGCUGCAGCCAAAACGCGUUCGUCCCAAUUUGGUGUGAGCAGCUUUCAGACUUCGUCCUCCUUCAGUGCCAUGUCUGUGCCGGGUGCUCCCACCGCGUCACCAGGCACUGCUACCUACCCCGGUCUCACCAGCCGUGGGGCCAGCUUCCCUCCUGAGGCUGGACAGACUGCAGGACAGUUCCAGGCCCGGACCUCAGAGGGUGUGGGUGUCUGGCCGCAGUGGCAGGGCCAGCAGCCUCAUCAUCGGUCCAGUUCCAGCGAGCAGCACGUCCAGCAAACCUCAGCACAGCCGCCCAGCCAGCCUGAGGUCUUCCAGGAAAUGCUGUCCAUGUUGGGCGACCAGAGCACCAGCUACAACAACGAAGAAUUUCCUGACCUAACCAUGUUCCCCCCCUUUUCAGAAUAGAACUGUUGGGGUGAGGAUAAGGGCGGGGGGAAAUCACUGUUUGUUUUUAAAAGCAAAUCUUCUGUAAACAGAAUAAAGGUUCCUCUCCCUUCCCUUCCCUCACCCCUGAUAUAUAUGUACCCCU